CAGCUCCUAUCCACCCCAUUCGUGCUCAAAAGGGAAAAGAUUUCUCUACGAUUCUGAACCGUCCACCGUCACUUCAAUAUUCUCCGCCUCAGCAAAUUCCUUCUCUUCCCCACCAUUUUUAUCUUUUCGCGAUCACUCUUAAAGCUAUUUUAUUUUUUUUCCUUUUUCUUUUCUUUUCUUUCUCAAGCCAAGAAUCUCUUUCUCUUCACUUCCUUUCUCUCUUUCAGAUUCUUUUGUUUCCUCACUUUUUAAUCAACCAUGCCCCUAUUGCGUUGUUCCCUCCCUCUUCUCUCUUACCCACUUCACUUUUUUUCAUUCUCUUCCUUUCUUCUUUCUCUACCUCUCUCUUUCUGUCGUUUUCAUUUCUUCGCGUUUCCUUUGCUUUCAUAUUCCGGCCAAAAUCUAUACAUACAAAUAGCUUCCUUCCAUUCUCAUGGCUCCUCCAUCCUCUUCUUCUUCAGGUGUCAGUCAUAUCUCUAAUCCUUGCAUUUAUGGGGACUUUGUUUCUUCCUACGCAGAGAGAAAAUCUCGGUUUAUGAAAUGGCUCAGCAAGCUUUUUAGGGGUGGGCCUAGUAGGGGCGGUGGGGGCGGGGGCCGUCAUCCACAGCUUCUUGGGGAGGAAAGCAUGGUCAGCUGGCGUCAACCAGCUAGAUCUUUGGAUGAGCACUCUAGACCUAAUAAGGAGAAGGAGGAAUCAGACCAUCCAGUUUCGCUUUCCCUAGCAGAAGAUUGGAGAAGACCACCAGGAUAUAGAUUGCCAACAGAUUAUGAUGAUGAACUAGCUAGGGCACUUCACAGUAGCCUCAACCCAUCUGGAUAUCCUCCUUAUGCUCCUCCACAAUAUUAUCACCGGGACUAUAGGAUAUGUGGUGGCUGCCAUCGUGACAUUGGUUUUGGAAAUUAUUUGGGAUGCAUGGGACAAUUUUUUCAUCCAGAGUGCUUUCGAUGUUCUUCCUGUGGUUAUCCAAUUACUGAGCAUGAGUUUUCUUUGUCAGGUAGGGAUCCUUAUCACAAGUCCUGUUUCAAAGAGUUGACUCAUCCGAAAUGUGAAGUCUGCCAUGAAUUUAUCCCAACAAAUGAAGCAGGUUUGAUCGAGUAUAGGUGCCAUCCAUUUUGGUCCCAGAAAUACUGUCCAUCGCACGAGCAUGAUGACACAGCGCGAUGCUGUAGUUGUGAACGCCUGGAGUCCUGGGAUGCAAGAUACUAUUCUUUGGGAGACGGACGGAGCUUAUGCUUGGAAUGCAUGCAAUAUGCUAUUAUGGACACUGGUGACUGCCAACCCCUUUAUCAUGCCAUCAGGGACUACUAUGAAGGAAUGAAUAUGAGAUUAGAUCAGCAAAUUCCGAUGCUUCUGGUUGAAAGACAAGCACUUAAUGAAGCUAUCAUUGGAGAGAAAAAUGGAUUCCAUCACAUGCCCGAGACAAGGGGUCUAUGUCUUUCAGAGGAGCAGACGGUUACCAGUAUACAAAGGAGACCAAAAAUUGGAGGUCACCGACUAGUUGGAAUUAAAACACAACCACAAAAGCUGACUAGGAAAAGUUGCGAGGUUACAGCUAUCCUUGUACUUUAUGGUCUUCCCAGAUUAUUAACAGGUGCUAUUCUUGCCCACGAGUUGAUGCAUGGCUGGUUACGCCUCAAAGGUUACCGUAAUCUUAAUCCUGAGGUAGAGGAAGGUAUCUGUCAAGUGUUGUCGUACAUGUGGCUUGAAUCAGAAGUAUUGCCAUCUAAAGGCAUGGCAUCUACAUCAGCAGCAUCCUCUUCAUCUUUCUCUUCAAAAAAAGGAGGGAAGUCCAAUGUUGAAAAUAAACUCGGUGAGUUUUUCAUGCAUCAAAUUGCCAAUGAUGCCUCGCCCGCUUAUGGAGGAGGAUUCAGGGCUGCAAAUGCUGCUGUCAACAAGUACGGUUUACGUUCGACUUUGGAACAUAUUCGACUGACCGGCCAUUUCCCAUUGUAAUACUAGCAAAGACUUGGAAGGUGGUGUCAUCUCUUUCUUUCUGCUAGGCCAUUGUCAAGAUUAUAUGUAGAAAUUGCUACUUACAGGAUCUGCUCAAAAACUGGAAAUAAAAAAGUUGGACAGCGUUUAAAUCUGCAGCUGACAUAGAAGCAGAACUGCCACAAAUCUGAAGAAUGCCCAUGGUGGCUACCGCCUUUUGCAAAUUUAUGUUUCUUCAGUAUUUGAGAGAUUCUUUCAACUUAAUUCUGUUUUAUUUGCCCAAAACGAUUGGCAGUGUUUUAUAGAUGGACCACGUUUCCCAUUUCUGGUGAAUUAAACGACAAUGUCAUGAUGCUUAA